AUGUCUACUGCUACCAAACCCAACAUGGUAGGCAAUGAUUUGUCGGAACGUCAGAACACCAAGGAGUAUUGGUCAAGUGAGAUCCGCACUUUGGGAAUUCAACUCAAUCCUGAAGAAUGGACCUAUGCUAAUAAACUCAACCAUCCUGGUACACUUAUUGCCAAUUAUCAUAGUUGGCACACCAAGGGUAGAGCACCUACAGAAGAGGAAAUCGCAGAAAUCUUCUUGCCCCUCAAGGACAAACAGUUCAACAAGAUUCUUCCAUGCAAACAGAAUAACUGGCAAAUGGCCCCUUCAUCUUUGAAAGCCAAUCCCAACAAAACUAUUGUUGAGAUUCUACGCAACCCUUACCAGCAGGAGCUAGUCAAAUGGAAGAAUGAUGAUGCCAAAGGCAAAAUGGCACAAUGGGAUACUGUGCUUCUAUACACAGGACAAUCCUUCAUGUUCCACCAAGUCUACAAGGCAAAGCAUCCUGAACUGACCAAAGUGGAGUCACUCCGUGCAUCAAUGAAGUUAUCCCGAGAAAUCUGCAAACAGCAUGGAGAUGUUAAACAUCAUAUCCAUCACGUGUGGUGCCCAGAGUUUGUCAAAACCAAAUUGAGGCCAAAGGACUUUGCAAAAUGGGAUACAGCUAGAUUGGAACGUUUGAAGGAGGAGAAUAACAAGAAACAAACUGCUCGUAAGCGAAAGAAUGAAAACCAAGAAAAGAUUCGGAGGGCCAAGAAGCCUUAUCUCAACAACCCAGCUCCCCUCCCUGCAUCAAAGCCCAAGCCUGCUCCACCUUCAGUUACAACCAAUGCUCAAGCUCCAGUUCUAGCUUGUGCUAUCAAGCCUGUGCCACCUGGAUAUGGUUAUAGCUCUGACACAGAUGAUGAAGUGGUUGAGCAUUUCUCAGAGGAAGAAGAAGAUGAGUCUUUCACAGAGAAUGAAGGAGGAGUCACUGUUGAUGUAUCUCUUGAGGAAUUCAACAAAGAGACAGAUGAUGGUUCCACUGGUUCCUUUCAUUAUCCAAAUGAAUCAGACAUGCCUUCCGACAAUGAGGAGGAUGUUGCUAGUGAAACUGAAGAGUUGGAGGCAUCUACUUUGCUUGAAACAGAGUUGCUUGAGAGCAUGACUGCUCCUAUGGUGGAUGGAGACAGCAAGCUUGUUCCUCCUUGUGACCUUUGGGCAACCAUGAAGAAUGUGCAGUACAAUGAGAUCCAAUCAUUCGUGAAUCACUUUGCUUCUAUGCAUGGCCUUCAAUUUGAAUCUUUUUCCAACCCAAAUAGUGGUUGGAUCAAAGCUUGUUUGGAAGCAUGGGGCAUGUAUGAUGAAAACUCUAUGGGCAAUGACUGGAAGGCUGCUGUAAAAACCUGGCUCCAUACAAUCCACCAACAAUCUUUCCCAGCAUAUCUGAGUGCCUUCUAUGAACUAUUGACUGCUCAAGUUUUGAAGGAUAAGAAGGGCCAGGAAGUUAUGAGAGAGAAAUUGGAUCGAUUCUUCUCUCAUUUCAUUCUAGAGCCACGUUUUGAUUUGGAUCCUGUGGUAUGGAGUAAAGUGGGAGUGGCAAUUCAAGGUGAGCUCAGUCCCCUAUUUGUGCCCCAGGACAAUAAUGAACACAAGAAGAUGAAGGAGAAGAAAGGGGUUCUGAGGAGAAAAAGGAAGGGUAGCUCCAUCAUUUGA